CUAGGUACCUACAGCACAUUCAACAGAUUUUUUCUAGUGUUUGGAAUCCCAAAAAUCACUCCAGAAGACCUCAUAAUUUUUAAUCGUCUACCUUCCUCUACUUACUUCACCAUUAUUGAACAUGUCUUCAGUAGUUGCAGUCAGGGGACAAGAGGUCAAGUCUUCAAUUGCACGAGCCGAGGAGCAGCAUACUACCCCCUUUCAAAAUGGAGUAGAUAUGCAAGCACUGGAGAGAAUCUCCGACAAAAUCGACGAGCUCAACGUCAUCAAAGCCGAUAUGAAAAAGCCUGGCGCUGAGAAAGAUAAGACGCUAUUUCGAAGAUAUGAUGGGUCGCAAGACCAUGUUAUAAUCUUUUACACAGAACAACAUCUAAAACAAACUGUGGAAUACAAUAUCACAGCUCGCCAAGUAUUCGCCAAUAGAGAACCGGGUAGAAUGUCAGUAAUGGACGCUGCGAAGCUUCUCGAUAAAUUUGUUGAUCAAUCAGACCCUGAUACUCAGGUUGGUCAACUGGAGCACCUUUUUCAGACAUCCGAGGCGGCAAGACUGGCUGGACGGCCCGAUUGGUACGUCGUGACUGGUUUUGUUCAUGACCUGGGCAAACUAUGGUGCCUCAUGGGUGGCCAAGGACAGUGGGAUACUGUCGGAGAUACCUUCAUAGUAGGCGCUGAAUACUCGAAGCGGAUCGAAUUAUAUGAGAGUCUCAAAGACAACCCGGACUUCAAUGAUCCUCGCUACAACACCAAAUAUGGUAUCUACUCUCCAGGUUGUGGAUUAGACAAUGUCAUGAUGUCAUGGGGUCAUGAUGAAUUUCUUUACCAGGUUCUCAAAGACCAAUCUACUCUCCCACCUGAGGCCUUGGCAAUGAUCCGCUAUCAUUCGUUCUACCCAUGGCAUCGUGAGAAUGAAUAUUCACAUUUCGAGAAUGAUCAUGACCGAGCGAUGAAGCCAUGGGUACAGGAUUUCAACCAGUUUGAUCUUUACAGCAAGAGUGAUAGCCCUCCUGAUGUUGAAAAGCUUACUCCAAUGUACGAGAAAAUGAUAGCCAAGUAUUUUCCUGCUGAGGUCAACUUUGGAAAACUUUUACAGCGACCAACGAGCAGCAGCAGCAACAGUAAUUGAGCGAAAGUGCUUGAGCUAUAUUACUUCGACAUGAUGAGGAAUGACCUUCACGCUUUACGAAAUGAUGAAAACUUUCGAUACAAAUAGCGGGCGAAAUAUCAUAGGUAAAUUUUUGGAUUAGGCAGGUGGUUUUUUGCACUGCAUAGAUUUGAACGGCGAUUUAAAAGGAAUUAAGAAAUUACUUGGGUAUCAUUCCCGG